CACAAAAGGCGCCACGCCAUGGCAACCAAAGUGGAAUGGAGCGACGACGAGGGUGACGAGUUCACAUACAUGUGGCUGGAAGGUGACUCGCUGGCGCCGCCAUGUCAGUCCGAGUACGACGUCGUUCACGAGAUCCUUCAGCUGGCAAACGUCGCCGCCGACGAUGUAGUUUUUGACUUGGGUUGUGGAGAUGGACGCAUUUGCAUCGCGGCGGCUCGUCGGCACGGCGCAUCUGCCGUGGGAAUCGAGAUCGAAGCGCAUUUGAUUGACAAAUUCCAGCGCAAGAUUGACCGGUACAACCUCCAAGACCGCGUCCGAGUCCUCCACGGCGACCUCCUCGAAGCCGACUUGUCCAGCGCCACAGUCAUUGUAACUUACUUGCUUCCCGAAGCUCUGGUCCAACUCAUCCCUACAUUUGAAGUGGCCCUUGCGCGAGGCUGUCGAAUCGUGAGUAAUUCGUGGCACAUUCCUGGCUUGGUGCAUCAAGCCAAGAAAGAUGUCGGGCACUUCGACAACGUGCCUUUGUAUUUGUACCAUGGAAGUAGCAGUAGAUGAGUAGAUGCAGCACCACCGUGAGCGAUGCAUAGUGUGGACGCAACCUCUUAAUAUCACCGUAACUUUGCAUUUUCUAUCAUCUCCUGUUGUGAAUAUAUUCUCAUGCUCGUGGGGGUUGGAGUUGUUUGUCCUUGGGGCGCUUCUGGUCCUUGACUUCUGGCAACGAAGGCACGACCGCUCGCUCCCGCAACCGGCGCGCGGCGGCGGCUACCAGCGCCAUGGCUUUGCCGAACUCGUCCUGUCGAGUCUCGAGAUGCCGUUUGAAGAAGGCGUCGGCUUCUUCCAACCGAUUCGACUCCAUGUAUGCGUGCAUGGCAUGGCGGUAUAAGAACAGCGGCAUUUCGUCGGUUGAACGAACUUCAGUGUCUGAGGCAGUGUCGUUCAGAAUGGACUCGACCAACGACGUGGCAGCAUCGAACGCUCCCACUCUGGCAAACAUGUUCAAGAUCGACUCCAUGGACGUCCACGUCACUUCGAUUUCGUGGUCCAACGCGGCCUGCAGCAGGCACUGGACGUCUUCCACUUGUCCCCUUGACGUAUACUCCCGCAACGCCACUUGCAAAACAUAGGCAUUCAGCACCAAUGUAUGGGGCCCACAAGACCCUACAUGGGCCAAGAAGAGCGGCGCCGACAAAGACGGAACUGCCACGGGCAAGUAGUACUCUGUGAGGACAUAUGGAUGGAAUCGAAGGUCGUGGCGGACCAUCGUGUCGACGAUUUCGCUCACCAAGAUCAGGGCGUUGGCUUGAGACAGCUCGGUCACGUCGGCACCAUGGCUUCCUUUGGGAGUUGCCGCGUCGGCGCUGCGCGGCAGUGGUCUGGACGCCAUCCCCAGGCGACACAGGGGCUUCAAGACCGUUUCACAAAUGCGGCUCGCAUCUUGCGGAGCAUAUCGCGACAGAUGGGGGAUCCACUGGCGCAGCAUUUGCAUCGAGAGUUCGUGCCGCCGUGCAUGAGUCGGCGUGGCGAGGGCGCGCUGCAGGGUGCGGGCGUUGGGAAGGACGAGCGGCGUAUGGCUGGCCAUCAGCCCUGUCAACGCUAGAAUGGUCUCGGACGGGUGGUUGUGCCGCACACAAGCCUCGAUGAGCUCUAGCCACACGAAGGGAGGCAGGCAGAAACCGUCUUUAGCCGCAAGGUGCGCGAUGGCCAAUGCAUUGGGCAACGCAUGGUACGUGUACCGAGGCAGGUGAGUGUUGCCUUUGCCCGCGACGAGAACGAUCGAAUUGGCCCACAAUGCGUCAAAGUAGUGUCUGUUUUGCAGGUAUAGGGCGCCGUGGCGGUGAGAUUCCUGGACCAAGGUCAACGCCAAGUCGCCGCGGCGGAGGUUCUUGGCGGCGAAGAGGGCGGCGUGGACGAGGUACAUGCGAUCGUGGCGCCACAUGGAGGUGCCGUACUCGGCCAAGAGGGUUUCAAAUCGCGCAACGGUUUCGUCGAACUGGCUCAAGUGGUUCAAGGCCUGGAGGUAUCGACUCCACACGACGUCGUUGAUGGUCACUUGCUUGGCCAGCAAAUCGUCUACAGUUUUCACCACUUUGUCGAACGCUUUGAGGUUGGAUUGCGUUAAGAUGGACGCUUGCAACUUUUCCGUGAGCACUCCUCCCAGACGCGGUACAACCGGAGAUGCUAAUGCUGGUGUGGAGUGUUCAUUUGGGCAUGUUGAGGCCACGGCGGCCACAUCCUGCAAAAGUGCUGGGUUGAAAGACAUGACGCUAUAGGGAGAGGCAACAAAGCUUGGUCGAGCCUGGUGGUUCCAUGCUUUUCGCGAAGCUUUCACAAGCCAGUGGGCUCGCAGAAGGACCUGGCGAUUCGUCAUGAUGGCAAUGCUGCCACUUCCUU